AUGGGAACUGAAACAACAGUUGUUCUUGUUGAUGGUCAAGCUCGACCACGUUUAGUUCCAUCAACACGUUUUACAUUAGCAUUACUUGUCUUUUUUGCUUUUAUUGUUCAAUAUUCUCAACGUUUGAAUUUACCAAUAGCUAUUGUAUGUAUGGUUAAUCGUACAAAACCAAUUCAACAUAAUUUAUCAUUUCAUGUAACAACAGAAUUACCAAAUGAUAUAUCAGACAAUAUUAAGCAUCCAUUAACAACAAAAUCGACUAAUACUCCCAUACAAAAAGGAGGUAUUUUUCAGGAAAAACAAUAUUAUUGGAUCGAAUUACAACAACAACUUCUUCUCGGCGGAUAUUGGGCUGGUUAUAUAUUCACACAAAUACCAGGUGGAUGGGUUGCAACAAGUAUAGGUGUAAAAUGGGUUUAUGCAGGUUCUCUAGGAAUAAGUUCAUUAGCUACUUUAGCUUUAAUCACUAUGUAUAUGAUGUCCAAUACACAUUUUAUUUUGGCAUUUGUUCUUCGAUUUAUAAUUGGUCUUGCACAUGGUGUACUUUUUCCAGCAACAGUCUCUCUUUGGUCUAUAUGGGCUGUUCCACAAGAACGAGGUACACUUGCAUCAAUUGGAUUUUGCGGUACACAUCUUGGAACAUCUUUAACAAUGCUUAUUGGUGGAUUAUUUUGUCGUUAUUUAUAUUCCGGAUGGAUGUAUCUUUUCUUUAUCACGAGUAUUCUUGGUUUUAUAUGGUUUAUAUUAUGGGUUGCAUUAACAGCAAAUUCGCCACAAAGUCAUAAAAGAAUUAGUAAUCAUGAACGAGACUAUAUAUGUAACUUAACAGGUAGUACCGGAAAGAAACGUAUUAUGUCAUUAGCAUCAUUACCAUGGAAAAAUAUGAUAAAAUCAAAACCAGUGAUUGCCUUAAUAAUAACACACAUUGCAAAUCUGUUUGGUUUAUUUUUCUUUUUAACAAAUCUUGGUAAAAUUUCAAAUGAACUUUUACGUAUUUCACCACAAAAUACUGGUUAUGUGUUAUGCUUAGGAUCCUUUUUAACAUUAUUAAGUAGUUUAUCAUCGGGUAUUGUAACUGAUCAUCUCGUUCGAGCAGAUAUGAUAACAUUAACAAAUGCAAGAAGACUCUUUAAUUCUUUAACAUCAUUUAUACCUGUUUUAUGUAUGAUAUCAUUUUAUUUUUGUGAUCAAUCAAGACAACUAUUAGGUAUCAUUACUAUUCUGGUCUAUCUUGCUAGUUCUGGUUUUGCUUAUGGUAGUGGUUUUGUAGUCAAUUUUUCGGAUGUUGUUCCAGCUUUUUCCGGCGUUAUAUUUGGCCUUGCUAAUACAUUUGCAUCAUUAGCUGGUUUAAUUGGAAAUAUAGUUGCAGGAUUAAUUAUUAAAAAGCCAGUUAUAGAACAAUGGAGAAUAUUAUAUAUUAUGUUUGGUAUUGUUUAUUUCAUUGGUGGUGUUGUUUUUCUUAUAUAUGGUUCGGCUGUACCGAGAAAAUGGGCGACAUUUCAAGCUGUGAGCAAUAAUACUAAACAAGAACAAAAGUUAAAUAAUGAAGAAGCAAUACCAAUGAACGAAACAACUUAA